AUGCGAGUCGGCGCAUCACGAGCCUCAGCACCUACGACAAGAAAGUUUUUGCCGCCCGUUGCAACUGUGCUUUCUCAACGAAAUUUCAGUAAUUCGAGCUCAAGGAGUCUCCUUCAGGGUAUCGGAAAGUCGAUGGCCGAGCCGUAUCGUGUCCUAGGUGCUACAGAGCAGUUAUUCAAGGCUUCCUCCAAGGCAGCUGAUUACCACAUUACUGAGAAGGAGCGCAAGGAGGACCAUGUAAAGCUUGCAGAGGAUGGCGAGGAGAUUGGACAUUCUCUAAACCCUGAGAGCCCCUGGCAUCACACCUUCAAGCUUCCUCCCACCUUUAGCACUUGGUCCCAUGUCACUAUGCUGCACCUCUACCUAAUCAACACCCGAAUACGCUGCUUCGACCGCGAGGGCUUCCACAACUGGCAGCACCAGCUCACAGAUCACUUCUUCUUCGAGUGCGAGAAGAAGAUGCACAUCGACCACCACAUCACAUCGAGUGCCCUGCGACAACGAUACCUCAAGGACAUUUUUGUCCAGUGGCGUGGUCUUCUCCUGGCGUACGACGAGGGUCUGAUCAAGGGCGAUGCUAUGUUGGCGAGCGCUAUCUGGCGAAACCUGUUCAAGGGCUCACCUGACGCUGAUCCCAGGGCUCUGCUUGCCAUUGUGGGAUGGAUGCGAUCGACACUGCUUCAGUUUGAGGCUGUCUCGGAUAAUAACCUCCCUGCACAAUUACCAUCCAUCAUGGCGAAGCCGGUCGAUGUGUUCUGGACGAGAUUGGAGAAGCAGCUGAGUGGACAGCAGGAAGACAGUAUUCCUGCUUCAGAGCCUGUAAAGGAGGCCGAGACUGUACCAACAGGAGCAGCCAAGGUGUCAACGAACUAA